UCCACUUCUGGAAACCAUAACAAAGUGUGAUGUCUUGGCGAGUAUUUUGGUUAAUAACCCAGAUUGUCACAGAAUCCCAGGGCUGCUUAAAGUGCAGCCAAGAUGCCAUGGCAGUCAAGAGGGAAUUCAGAGAUCACUUCCUGCAGAGGAAACUCCGUGGAGAUCCUCAACUUAGAACAAAACUGCAGGAACUCCUGGACAAUGCCAUAGAAGACUUGUCACAUCGGCCUAUUGAGAAGAAAAAAUAUAUGGCGGUGAUUGAUGAAUCUACAUUAGCAAGACUUGCUGCUUACUUCAAACGCUCUAUAUACCGGAUCAUGGAGAAUGAUUUUGAAGAUGGGCAACUUUUUAAUGAAGUCAUGUGGAGCCUCCAGAAACUGAAGGUUACUUUUGAGCAGAUGAUGCCAAAAAUUACAAAAGUUUAUUGCAGCAAUGAAUGUGGUCGCAUGUUUUACGUGCUUAUCAACUGCUUCUCCUGCUGGACAAAUUCUCACUCGUGUACCAAGAACAUUAAGUGUGGAGAAAGGAGGGUACAAGUGGAAAUGGAUGAAGAUCUGAUUCUGGAUUGUGCUCUGACGUGGCACAAGGCAAGUCACGGUGUGAAGCGAUAUAACUUCUUCCGAGUGGUGAAUGGAGAACAGAAAAUGAUGGCUAGUAGCACAGAUUCUUUUCUGAUCAAGAAAGAGGCAAACAUAAAUGACACAGGCAGAUAUCGGUGCGAAAUGCUGGACCCGAAAGGACAUCCGGCCAGCCAGCUUGAUUUCCAAGUGGUCGUGUUGCCUUCAGUCCGGAAGACCACCUGGUUCACCCGGCCAGGCACGGCAACAAUGGAAGGGCCCCUCGUCCUAGGUGUCUCUUCCAGGGCCCCAUUACCCAAAGAAGACUGGACAGCUUGGAUCGUAAUUGGAUGCACAGGAGGGCUGCUUGUCGUUAUUGUUGUUGCUUUUGUCUGUUAUUACCGUUGGAAGAGGGAGGAUGGAGAUGAUGACAAAGAUGAAGAAGAGGAAGAUGAUGAUGAAAGUGAGAGUGAGAGCGAGAGUGACUCCUCAGAAAAAUGAAGCCUUCCCCCUUUCAAGUUCCUCCCAUGUCAAUGACUUCCCCAAAUUCUCUUUGUGUUGUAAAGGUCUAGACUAACUUUGUUCAUUUAUUUAUAAAGACAGUCAGCAUGUUUUACCAGAUACAGACUCUGUUUGGGUUCUCUGGGAGAAAAUCAAGGUUCAGUAGAUGG